AUGCUGCUGUGUGCAGUGCUGUUGUGCUUCGGAGAUUGGGUUGACCUCGCUGACCAGUUUCUCACGCAGCCGGUGUGUGCCGUGGCUACUGCCUACUGGCUACUGCCAGUGUGUCGUCUACUGGAAGACAUCAGAUUCUACAGCCUGAGCGGCGUGGGCGUGGCGUCCGCCCACUGGGGCGCGUGCAAAUUCGGCGUCUGCGGCCUCCUGGCCGCCGCGGCGCGCGCCCGCUCCACCGGAAGCUCGGCGCAGCGGCGCGCGGCCUCUUUCGUCGUGGCGACGGCCCUCGCCCUGGCGCUCUCCUUGGCCGCCAGCGUUGCGCUGCUCGUCGGACGCGGUGCCCUCCUGGCCCUCCUGACUCACUGGGGGGCGGCCCUCGACGCGCUGGGCGACUGCCUCGCGGUGGCGCUCUUCUCUGGGCUGAUCGGGCCGCCCUCCCUGCAGGUUCUCGCACGCGAUGCGUUCUCUACCGUCAACUGCUACACCGACGACCAGCUCCAAUCCUUCUACGAGAAGUAUUUGGAAUACCUGGACAGGGCGCAGGAGCACCCCGAUCCCACUGGCGUCAAGUUGAGGCUGCUCGUGCAGCAGCUCGACAUGCUGCAUGCCUCCGACGAUCACGCCGGUUUCAACGACGAGCUGCACCCGGAGCUGCAGCGCAUCGAGGCCGCGUCGGGGAUGCCCAAGCCUGGCUCGCAUCCGUCCGUGCGCACAGUUGCGGAGGAGUCCCAGCUCAAGGAGGCGCUCUCCGCCAUGGAGCAGAUCUAUAGCAUUUGCAAGAAGCCCGUCUUUGUUCUGCCCAUGGAUGGCGACGUGGACGCGGGCGGGGAGUAA